UGCCAGUUCCCAGUUGACAAUCGAGCGAGGCGAAAUGCAGGCUCAGCUGAAGCGGAACACUUGGUGGCUGCUACUACUGUUUUGGGUGGUGAUCUCGGCCAGCGGCGCGUCUGGCGGAGAUGCGCACGUUCGGGUGAAACGCAUAGUGGGUGGCAAGCAGUCGAAGGCGCCGCCCGUCGACGAUCCCGUGAUCUUCGCGAGACUCUUCAAUCGCGAUGCUCGCGUGGAGGGCUUCCGCAAUCCCAGCACGGGCAUCUACAGCUUCCUGGGAAUGCACUACGCGGAGCCACCUGUGGGUCCGCUGCGCUACUCCAGGCCGGUGUACAAGCGGCUGGGUGGUGACCUCAAUGCCACCAAACACGGCCAACCUUGUAUACAACCGCAUCCGCAGUUUCCCCAGCGGAUUAUCGGCGACGAGGACUGCCUGCUGCUGAACGUCUACACGCCGCAAAUGCCGGACGAGAGCACGGGGCUCCCGGUGUUCGUUUGGAUCCACCCGGGUGGCUAUCGCUAUGGAUCGGCGGCCCAGUACGAUGCCACGCCCAUGGCCCAGAGGGGCGCCAUCGUGGUGGCGCCGCAGUACCGCCUGGGAUCGCUGGGCAUCAUGGGCGACGGCACCAAGCAGUUCGAUGGCAACCUGGCCAUGUUCGACUUGGCCGCCGCUCUCCGCUGGGUCACCGAUUACAUCUCCUACUUCGGCGGCAAUCCCAAGCAGGUGCAGGCCAUCGGCCAUGGAUCCGGAGCAGCCAGUGCCAUGUAUCUAUCGAUGUCGCCGACGUCGCGGAGUGCCGGCGAUGUUCACGGAGUGGUGGCCAUGUCGGGUACCGCGCUCUCCCAAUAUGCCAUGGACAAGGAACCCGUUCAGAGCGUCCAGGAGGUGGCCAGGAUCAAUGGCUGUCCCACGGGAAACGAGCUGGAGAUCGUCAAUUGCUUGCGGAGUAAAAGUGCAGAGGAGAUCAUCAAGAAUGAUGACAAAGUGCAAACGGAGCGUUUGGCAGGACGUGCGCUGGUCAAAGGACUCACUGGGAAUGUGGGCUUCCAGCCGCACAUCGAGAGCGAGGACGAUGGCAGGGCACUGCCCAGCCUGAUAGUUGGAGAACCGGAGCAGCAGCUGAGGAGCAGCAACUUCUCGGGCAUUCCCCUGCUGACUGGAGUCACCAAGCACGAGACCGCGAACUCCGUCACUGUGGAGGCCAUCGAAAAUGUCUUUGGAUCGGCGGAACAGUUCCUGGGCUCCCUGAGUGAUUCCCUCAGCAAGUUGACGAGUUUUCUGAAAAUCGACAAGCUAACUGGCCAGAUCGCCAAGCCGGAACUGCCGGGCCUCACGAGUGUCCUCACACCCACUCUGCAGGACGUGUGGAAGGUGCCGCAGGCUCUGAACGUGGAUCAAGUGCUGUCCAAGGUGGUGGAGUCCACGACCGACGUGCUCUUCAACCUUCCGGCUGUGCUGACCACCCAGGUGUGGUCCAAACUCGCUCCCGCCUUCAUGUACAGCUUCGAGUACAAUGGCACCAAGUCCAAGGGCAUCAACUUCCUCAAGGGGCUGCCCAUCGUCUCGGAAACAGCCCACGACAAGCCGGAAACAGUGGGCCAUGGUGAUGAGAUUGGCUACAUGUUCGAUGCAAACGAUAUAUUCGGCAAUCCGCUGGAGGAGACACGUUUGACCAGCGCCGAGGAUCUCAAGGUGCGCCACAACCUCAUCGAUCUGCUGGUCAAGUUUGCCAAUAGGGAGAAGGAGCAGGGCGGAAAGAGCAGCAUUUUCCAGAGCGUCACAGGAAAAGCCACGCUCAUCAAGAUAGACACCAAGCUGGAGACCUCCAACGAUUUCCGCUUCUGCGAACUGUCCGUGCUGGGCGCCUCGCUGUCUCCGCUGAGUUCCACCAGCUGUGCGGGAUUGGGCAGCUUGCUGGGCCAACUCGGUGGCCUGGGCGGCGGAUUGGGCGGCACCCUGGGCGGAGUGGGCAGCUCCUUGGGAUUGGGCGGCCAAGGGGGCAGAAAACCGGGUGGCGGUGGACUAGGUCUGGGCAUUUUGUAGUUAUAGAGUUAACUCUGUGUGUUUGUAAGGAAUAA